AUGAACUGGAGCAAGAGGUUGGAUGAUGCCUUAUGGGCUUAUCGCACUGCGUACAAAACUCCAAUCGGCAUGUCACCACACAGACUAUUUUUUGGGAAAAUAUGCCACCUUUUUGUGGGUAUUGUGCACACGGCGUACUGGGCAGUUAAGGAAGUGAACAUGCAACCUAGAGGGUGUGUUGAAGAAAGGAAGCUUCAACUGCAAGAGUUGGAAGAACUCAGACUGGAGUCCUAUGCUGCAGCCAUGUGGUAUAAGGAGAAAACCAAGCUGUGGCAUGACAACAAUCUGAGGAUGAAAGAGCUGCAAGUGGGACAGAAAGUUCUGUUGUUCCAGUCAAGACUUGAGCUGAUGUCAGGAAAGUUAAAAUCAAAGUGGACGAGACCAUAUACCAUCGUCGCCCUAAGAGCGAAUGGGGCCGUGGAACUUCAAGGGUGUGACCCUAACUCUACUCCUUUUGUGGUUAAUGGUCACCGGUUGAUGCCAUUUAGGGACAACUCGGAAGUGCAUACAGUGGAAGAAAUUCCACUGUGCACAACCUAUUUUCUCGCCUAA